AUGGGCUCAAUAUACUCCAACAAUCAGGUAAUAAGGCCUAACACUGCAGGUGACAUAUUCAUUGACGGCCACAGUAUCAAGAAACUUGAUCUGAAAUUACUGCGAAGAAAUAUAGCUUCAGUCUCUCAGGAACCAUCACUGUUUUCUGGUAAUAUAAAGGACAACUUGAGGAUUGGUAAAAUGGAUGCAAAUGACGAAGAGAUAAUUGAAGCAGCAACGACAGCCAAUGUUCAUUCAUUCAUAUCCAAACUACCAAAUGAGUAUUUAACAGAGGUAGGAGAAAGGGGUGUGCAGUUAUCAGGGGGCCAGAAACAAAGGAUAGCGAUCGCAAGGGCAAUGCUGAAGGAUCCACCAAUCCUACUUCUCGAUGAAGCAACAAGUGCCCUUGAUUCAGAAUCAGAAAAGCUAGUUAAAGAUGCACUUGAGAUAGCCAUGCGCGGAAGGACUGUUAUCUUGAUAGCCCACAGGAUGUCCACAAUUGUAGAUGCUGACACUAUUGUUGUCGUGGAGAAUGGAAGAGUAGCACAAACUGGGACACAUCAUGAGUUGCUCGAGAAAAACACAUUUUACUCCAAUGUAUGCAGCAUGCAAAAUAUAGAGACGGAAGCUGAAAAGAAAGUGGCAAGCACUUCUGAUAAUGUAAUAGAGGAACAAAUUGGUGAAGCACACAUCAGGCAGUCUUCUAUAAAGCAGGGAACCAAGAACAAACUAGAAAGAGUGGAGUCGAAGCAGCAGAAGAGAGAGAUUGUAAAGGAAAUGCAUCCUUUCUUCAGACUUUGGUAUGGACUGCAUAAAGAGGACAUUUUGAAGAUUCUAUUUGGUUCCUCAGCAGCAGCCAUCUCUGGAAUCUCAAAGCCCUUGUUUGGUUACUUCAUCAUGACAAUUGGUGUGGCAUAUUACGAUCCAGAUGCAAAAACAAAAGUCAGCAAGUAUUCUUUGAUAUUCUUCACAGCUGGGAUGGUCACACUGGUCAGUAACAUCUUGCAGCACUAUAUUUAUGGUAUUGUUGGAGAAAAGGCAAUGAAAAACCUAAGGGAGGACCUCUUCUCAGCUGUUCUUCGGAACGAGCUUGGCUGGUUUGAGAAACCGAAGAAUGGCGUAGGAUUUCUGACCUCGCGCAUUGUCAGUGACACCUCAACAGUCAAGACCAUCAUAUCAGACAGAAUGGCGGUCAUUGUACAAUGCAUCUCUUCAAUUCUGAUAGCAAUAAUAGUAAGCAUGUACGUCAAUUGGCGCAUGGGUUUAGUUUCAUGGGCAGUCAUGCCAUGCCAUUUCAUUGGUGGCCUUAUUCAAGCCAAGUCAGCCAAAGGAUUCUACGGUGACUCUGCUAUCGCUCACCGGGAACUUGUCUCCCUUGCUUCAGAAGCGGCUAGCAACAUCCGAACUGUGGCAUCCUUUGUUUAUGAAGAUGAAAUAAUUAAGAAAGCAGAAUUGUCACUGCAGGAACCUUUGAAAAAAACCAAGAGAUCCCGGGGAAUUGAAAGCAUGAAGUAUGGGGUGAUCCAAGGGAUCUCGCUCUGCCUCUGGAAUAUUGCACAUGCAGUGGCGCUCUGGUACACCACAGUUCUGGUCCAGAAGAAGCAAGCCUCAUUUGUGAACAGCAUAAGAUCAUACCAGAUAUUCUCACUCACAGUACCUUCCAUCACAGAAUUAUGGACCUUCAUUCCCAUGGUCAUGUCAGCAAUUGCAAUACUGAAUCCUGCAUUUGACACACUUGACAGAGAGACAGAAAUUGUACCAGAUAAACCAGAGAAUCCUAGCAAAGGCUGGCUCGCCGGGAGAACUGAGUUUCAGGAUGUGCACUUCAACUAUCCAUCAAGGCCAGAGGUGACCAUUCUGGAUGGAUUCAAUCUAAUUAUUGAACCUGGUCAAAAACUAGCAUUGGUUGGCCCAAGUGGUGCAGGAAAAUCCUCUGUACUGGCUCUAAUACUGAGAUUCUAUGAUCCUUGCAGAGGCAGAGUGUUAAUCGACAACAAGAACAUAAGGGACUACAAUCUCAGAUGGCUCAGGAAGCAGAUUGGGCUAGUUCAACAAGAACCAAUCCUGUUCAACAUAUCUAUCAGAGAUAACAUUAGCUAUGGAAGUGAAAGCACUUCAGAGACUGAAAUCAUCCAAGCUGCAAUGGAGGCAAACAUCCAUGAGUUCAUCAGUGGUUUGCCAGAAGGGUAUGACACCAUUGUUGGAGAGAAAGGAAGCCAGCUUUCAGGAGGGCAGAAACAGCGGAUUGCUAUUGCAAGAACUCUAUUAAAGAGGCCUCCUAUUCUGCUUCUUGAUGAGGCAACUAGCGCUCUCGAUGGUGAAUCUGAGAGGGUGGUAAUGAGCUCUUUAGGGGCUAAGGAGUGGACGAACAAAGAUGAUCGAGCCAGAAAGGUUACAAGUAUAACAGUUGCACAUAGAUUGUCGACAGUCAUAAAUGCGGAGAUGAUAGUUGUAAUGGAGAAAGGAAAGGUGGUUGAACUUGGUAAUCACGAAACAUUGAUAUCUGCAGAUGACGGGAUUUACUCAAGGUUAUUCCACUUGCAAAGCAACAUGAAGGAUUAACCACAAGCUGGUCAUGUUCCAUUGUGGACAAAGACCAUAGACACCUAGCAAGAAUAGUUUUAGGAGCUUAAGCAUUGUUUCAAUGCAUUUGCUGUCAGUUCACAAAUUGUAAUAACAUAGCUAUCUCAUCAUAAAAUGAUGAGGCAUAGUCCACAUAAAAAGGAAAACAACUACUGUACUAGAAUGAUUUCCCACUGUUUCCGCGUUCAUGUCAAAGCUUAUUAUUUGAAUGCAAUACAUGAAGGAG